GUGUCAAGAACAAUGUCAAGAAAAGGAUGUGGCACCUUCCAUUGGUUUCACUCCACCCUAACGAUCGAACCUGUAGAUUAGAGAGCAGAGCCUGGAGAAGGUAAUGUACAUUUAUUUCAAAAUCAUUCUGCUCUUACUUACUCUGUAAUCAGAACAGCCUGUGAUUAUAACACUCGGUUCAAAUCUUUAUUUCCUUCCCCUGUUUUGAGGGUUCACGUAAUUCACGGCUCAAUUCAGCACAAGAAAGAGGGGGGGAGGGGGGGGGGAAGAAUGGCACGUUUGUAUUUGUCUUUUAAAACGUUUGAGUGAAUUCCUCCUCCCUUGUAGGUCGUAAUGUGUUAACGCGCGGGCGAAGCAGUGGCUGUCGUCUCCAUGGCGCUGUGGUCAUGUGUCGUGGUGGUGUGAGUGCCGCGAUGUGUUUGUAUGUGGGUAUGCGCGCAUAGGGAGGGCGACCGAGGCAGAUGUGCUUUAGCUAAUGCUGCCUAAGAGCAGCUGGGCAGGGCAGGGCUAAUAGACGAGCAAUAACACGAUGACAUCACCCGGAGAGAGAGGGAGAGAGAGAGAGAGCGAGCAUGGGGGGGGGGGGGGGGAGUGCGCGAGAAAGCUGUGCAGAGCAGCACACUGAAGGCCAGCUCAGAACACAGGGAGCCGCGAGCGCUGUGAGGAGAGACCGCGUGUGACUGGGAGAAGACCGGACAGGACAACCCCCUCCCCCCCCCACCACCCCCGACAGGGAUACGGCUCUCUCCGGAAGGAUCGGCAGAUUUUACCCUCCUUUUCUUCCAUCACACCUUCCUCCCUACCCCAUCCCGUUUCCCCUCAUCCUCUUGUCAGUGGACCCCCCCCCCCUCACGGCCCCUGUUUCGGGAGGCCUCGCCGGGCAUGCUACUUAAGCCAAAGUAUGGCCGCUUCCGCAACGACUCUGUGACCUCCUCCGACGACCUGAUGCAGAGCUUAGCCAUGAGCGGCAAAGUGGUUGCCACCCCGGUCAUCCCCUCCUCCGCCCCCCCCAGCCUGCCGCUGCCUCCCCUGCCGCCCCUGGAGCCCUCCCCCCGGCCCUCCUCCGCAGCAGCCCCGGCCCUGGCCGACUCCCCCUGCCUGGAUGGGGAGCAGGAGAGGACCACCACCUUCUGCAUGCUCAUCCCCAGGAUGCCCCAGUGGAAGUUCUCCAACGCCCUGCUCAGCCGGAGCCCCUCCAACUCCAGCUCCAGCUCCUCCUCCAGCAAGGACUCUGGCAAGGCGGCGACCCCCUCCCAGGCCUCCUCCCAUGGCCCCGGCGGGGCUUCGGCCAGUGGUCCCGUAGCCAGCCUGGCUGCAGUGCUGAACUCCUGUGACCCUGUGUGUGUCACCCCCUGUUCCCUACAGGCCAUCGGUCGGCUCAGAGCAGCGGCCGUCUCCAGCAGCCCAGGAGGCCACGGUUUGGGGGCCGUAGAGGCCGGAGGGAGCCCCGGAGGCCCUAGCAUCUCCAGCUCCAGGUCAGGGAUGAGCCGCAGGACCAGGGUGGAGGGGAUGUGGCUGGGAGGAGAGGACUUCAACCAGAAGGGCAGCUUUAUGCACAAGCCCUCCCAGGGCUGGCUGCACCCAGACAAGAAGAUCACAGGAACGGGAGCCUCCUAUAUCGUCAGGUACAUGGGCUGCAUCGAGGUACUGAAGUCCAUGCGUUCCUUGGAUUUCAACACCCGGACCCAGGUGACAAGGGACGCCAUCAACAGGCUGUGUGAAGCAGUGCCCGGGGUCAAGGGAGCCUGGAGGAAGAAGACGGUUAACAAGGCCCUGAACUCCAUCAUGGGAAAGAGCAACUUGCGCUUCGCUGGUAUGAGCAUCGCUGUCAAGAUCUCCAUCGAGGGCCUGAGUCUGCUCAUUCCCACCACACGACAGGUGAUAGCACACCAUCCUAUGCAGUCCAUCUCCUUUGCUUCAGGGGGAGACACAGACACACCUGAUUAUGUUGCGUAUGUGGCAAAAGACCCAGUCAAUCAGAGAGCAUGUCAUAUCCUGGAGUGUGGUGACGGCCUGGCCCAGAAUGUGAUCAGCACCAUCGGACAGGCCUUCGAGCUGCAGUUCAAACAGUACCUCCACAGCCCACCUAAGGCCAUCCCUACUAUGGAGAGAUCCAUCAGGACGGACGACUCGGCCUGGGGCGACGACGAGGACUCCUCCGAGCACGACUACUACAACAGCAUCCCUGGGAAGGUGCCCCCUGUCGGGGGGGUGGUGGACUCGAGGCUGAGGCCCGGCCAGGCCCCGCUGGGCCACGUCCACAGCCAGCCCCAGAGCAAGACGGCACAGAUUGGCUCCCCUGCUCGUAGAGACACGGCGUCCUAUCCCUCAGGUCAACUGUGCUACGAGUUGCACUGGGACACGGACCACAGCGGAGGCUCAGGUUUGACGUCGGAUGGGUACCUAUGUGCGGACGGCCACACCUCAGGGAGCCGGGACUACGAGGAGCACCUGUACGUGAACACCCAGACCCUGGAGGCCCUGGAGCAGGGGGCCGAGGGCCCCCGGGGGGCCCGGGUCCCCGAAAGCCCCAAGAAGGACAUCUUCGACAUGAGGCCGUUCGAGGACGCUCUGAAGCUCCACGAAGCUGGGGGGGGCGGAGCGGCUCCCGGCUGGCCCGGGCCCGCCGGGGCCGUUUCCAUCGGCGGUGUGAUGGUGCUGGAGGACCAGUGGCCCAGCCCUCCCCGACGCCGCGCCCCCGUCGCCCCCACCGAGGAGCAGCUCCGCCGGGAGGUCUGGUACCACGGGCGCAUGAGCCGCCGUGACGCCGAGAAGCUGCUGGUCCGCGACGGGGACUUCCUGGUGCGGGACAGCGCCACGAACCCGGGGCAGUACGUCCUGACGGGCAUGCACUGCGGCCUGCCCAAGCACCUGCUGCUGGUGGACCCAGAGGGAGUGGUUCGCACCAAGGACAUGCUGUUCGACAGCAUCAGCCACCUGAUCGCCUACCACCUGAAGAACGAGCUGCCCAUCGUGGCCGCCGAGAGUGAGCUCCACCUGAAACAGGUGGUCAGGCGGAAACAGUGACCCCAACCAACACCACCCCACCCCCCUCCCCAACCCUGCCCGACCUGGUGGGUGUGGUGAGCGACAGCUUUAACAGAGGCCUGGCGCCGUUAGCGUCGAAACGUCUCCGGUUUAGCCCAUGGGCCUUUUUGUUGUUCAUUUCUGCUCCUUCUGUCAGGAUCUAGAGAAGAUCCCCCACGUUUUCCUGUGCGAGCUCCAGAGAGGAGGGGGCCUCCAUGUCGCCAUACCCCCAGAACCGGAGCUUUCUCUGGGGGAAGCUGGACAGCGGAGACCCCCUCUGCCUGGAGAGAGGACUACCUCCCGCAGCUUAGCCACAGUGUUCACGGUCCCCACUCCCCGCCUCAGCCGUCAGCUUACAGUCAUUAACUAAGCUAACCCAGACACACCUCAGACAGGAAGUCCAGCCCACUGAGCCCAGUCUGACCAAUCCCGGGGCUGGAAAUCCUGAGUUCAAGGGGUCAAGGACAUCACCAGCCUUCAUCACAGCUGCGUUACACUCAGUUGUCCAAGAAGCGUGAAAUGAUGCACAAAGCCCAGGAUGAGAGAUAGUUCCAAGCUUCUCCCUGGUCCCAUCCUGUCUACACAGCUACUGACGUUUCUGUGUCUUUUGGUCCAGUACGAACAAUCCUUAGAGAGAACAGGCUGUACUGUCAUAAUACGUUACGUUUGAAAACACAUCAGCCAAGCUUUGUGUGUUCCCCCCCCCCCCCCCCCGUACCUUUCAGUCUAACUAGAAAAUAAACGGCCACCAUUGAAAGGGAGACGCCACUCUCAAUCUGAAUGAUGAAUGAAGGCGACGGACAGUUUGUAUCUCUUUGCUCGGCUCUCCACGCGGUUCAGAGAGUCGUUUGCCCAAAGCAAAGACUGCAAGCACGAUGCAACCCUGAGGUGAUGUCGAGGAUGAGUGCGAGAGAGAGAGAGAGAGAGAGAGAGAGACAGAGAGAGAGACAGAGAGAGAGACAGAGAGAGAGACAGAGAGAGAGACAGAGAGAGAGACAGAGAGAGAGACAGAGAGAGAGACAGAGAGAAUGAAGGAAAAAAAAAGAAGCUUGGUUCUUCCCCUAGUUGAAUGUGACGAUAUCUAUCUGGUCUGGUUGUGACUGUAUGUAAACCAUAUUUUAUCUGUAUACCGAGAGCCCGUCCAAGUUCAGUGCCUUAAUAUAUCACGUGUUUUGUUUUUCCAAAGAUGACUGCUCGGAUUAGACAUGACCCACAGGAAAGAGGAUUGUUUUGUGUUGGGUACAGUGUGUGUGGGGGAAGCACUGUCGUUUUCCAUAAUGCCAAACCUUACUUUAAUGAAGCGAAUCGACGAACGACAUAAAAUGGAGGUCAAAUCCCAACCUGCUAUUGUGAAUUCCGUUUUAUGCUGCUGGUUUGUGGGAGUCGUGAAAGGUUUGAACGUUGUUUUAAAUCCCACAUAAUUCUGAAUGACUGACCUAUUUCACUUUGCUUACCACAAUAUCAGUUGUCAAAUGAAUGAUUUCGGAGCUGUUUUGAAUUGAGUGGUGCCAUCAGUGAUGCAUAACAGGUCUUUGCUGUCCUAUUUAGACAGGCUUCUCUGUCACCAUGAUUUAAGCUUCCCAGAUCUUCCACUUUGCUUUCUCAGGUCUUUUCUUGUAUCUCGUCUUCUGUAAUGCAUUUUGUCAAUAAAAUUCAAACUGAU